GGCAAAAAUAUGGCGGUCAGUUGUCGAUUUCCAAUUCUCUAGGUUACAUUCAGAAAAGUAAGAACAACUACAGUGAAUGGUUUUUUAUGGUGCUUGAGAAUGAAGAAAACUCUAUGUUCACCUCUUACCUCAUCAUAAGAAACAUAAUUUAGCUUGAAUAAGCUAAAACUGUUCUGAUCACUUCCGGCUUUGGUGUGCAAGUGUGCUGUUGCAGGAUUUUCCAGCUCGUGGUGAAUGUUUAAAGGAAAAAUCCGAAAUGUCUAAACGCAAAAAUGAAGAUUCAGGUCUAGGUGGGAUCAAGCAUUUCAAAAAGGAAAAAAGUAAGUAUACAAUGUAAAUUGAAAUAGAGAUCUAGAGUAGAAUGGUCUGAUAUGAAUUUCACACUUGCGAUCCUUACGUUCAAUCGAUAGUGCAUCCCGCAUUAAGGUUCAGCAAGUUUGUGCAACUAUUAAAAUCUGAGAUCCACUUUGUGCGCGGUCUGUAAAUAACAAUGAAUGUUUCAAUACAAUUGACGUUUUUUCUAAGAAAUUUCACAAUCUCAGGGAUCUUGCAACGACCGAAGCAAAUCCCAAUUUUUCUGUAGAAUGAACCAGGUAAGAAUGCUAAGGGAGCAACCUGAGGAUAGUGACCAAAGAGGCCCCCUUUUCUUUCUUCAUGGUUAGAACCACAGACUUCCAGAUUGAGGGUCCAACAAGCUCUUCAUUCAACCAUAGGGGCCAAGAUUCUAAAUCUAUCUUUAACUUUUUCACUUAAAAAAAUUAUAUGUGAACUGCCUCCAGUAGAUUAAACACAUAUACUCAAACCAAAAAGAGACACUUCUUCUUUUAUGAAAGGGCAGCCAAAGAUCAGCAGUCCCACUUGCCAAGAGAAAUGCAGGAUUGUUUCUUGGUAGUACCCUGUCCCACUCCCUGACGAUGCCUGUGAAACUGGCUAAUUGAUUUGUGAUUGUGUUUGGUUUGAUUUGCAUUAGUAAUUUCUAGUGGUUUGUUGUGAGUGUUUUUAAUCUUUAGACCACAAUGAAAGCUUCCAAGACACCUAUAAUUGUUUCACCUCAUUAAGUAAUUUUUUCCAUCAUGAUAGGCUGUAAGAAAAGGUGAUACUAAGAUAACAUUAAUAGGAAAUAUCCAUCAGAAAACAGAUACAAAUCAAAUGCAUUCAGUAAUUGAAUUAUCAUGUACUUUCAGAUCUCUCCAGCAGUGAUUCAGAUGAGGACGUUUCUUCACCAUCAUAUGCAAACUUCCUGCAGUAUGAUCAGAAACCUGUCUUCAAUGAUGUUGUCAAGAAACAGAUGGUAUUGAUUUUUACAUUAUUAUAUUUUGCACCUGAAAAACAAUAAUUUGGAUGGAAGCUGUCCAUGUAUUUCUGAAAGAAAAGAAUUAUGAAACUAAUGAAUAAAGACUUUCCACGAAUAAUGGAAAAUUCAUGAAACCACUAGGUCUCAUUGUUCAUGGAUCAUGCAUUUUAUGUGUUAAUGUUUUUGAAAUCAAGUGUAUCAUUCUCAUUUUAUCUUAUGAAUGUUAGCUGCCUGUUUUAGAAAACAAAAACCUACCCAGACUACUCUGUGUAACUGACAGAGAUAGAUAUUUCCCCUCUAAAUGAGUUUAUUUUUUGACAAAUCAGAAAACACUAAAUUUGUUCAUUGUGCCAUUAAUUUUUCUUCAAAAGACAUUAUCAUAUAAAACAGAGAUGGUAUUAACCCUCUAAAUCCCAAGAUCUGAUUGUAAUUUCUCCCCUCUAGCUGCGACUCAUUUCCUAGUAAAUUAGUUAUGGGAAUUUGGUUUAGAUCAAGAUAAUAGGUUUAAGUAUUCUCAUUACCUGUUUGCUGGAUAAUUCAUUUAUAUUGUAAGAAGAAGGUACAUGUUAAUCACUUCUGGGAGUUAAAGGGUUAACCUUUUAAACCCGCAGAGUGACUUGCAUCUAAUUUCUCCCAACAAUAUCACUUCUGAAUCACACAUUAAGGUCAUAAGAAUAAAGGAAAUGGUCAUCAGGGAAGAAACCUUUUCACUGGCAAACAAAUUCUCCUUGUCAAGCAAAAUAUUAUUUGCUGAAGUUAAUUAACUUUUUACUCAAAACAUUUAAACAAUUUGCUAAUUUUUUUCAGGUGAGAAUGGGCUAUAAACAGGAAUUUGGUCUUGGAAAGUCAGAACAGGGAAAGUCUGAGCUUUUAGAGGGUAGUAGGGAAAGAGAUCCUAUUAAAGAUGAGAUGAACAGUAACCCUCUACCAGGAUCUGGAUACAGUACAUUUGCUAAAAAACAAAUGGUAUGAACUGAUUCAAAUGUGUUAGAAUGGUACUGACUCUUGUUCUGUUUUUAUUGAUACAUGAUGAGUGGACUAGAAGGUUGGGAAAUUCUUGCACAAGCAAAACCAAAAGAUUUUUUUUUUUUAAAAAAACACUCUACACUCUCGUAAGAAAAUAGGCAAAUGUUACAACAAAAUUUAUGUAGUAAUAUUUUUCUUACUGACAAUCAAAAAUGAAACAGGUAUAUAUUUCUAACUAAACUUGACAAUGAUUUUGUUUGCCACUAUUUACUUCCAUAGGAAAGAAUGGGCUUUAAAGAGGAAGGAGGUCUUGGCAGAUAUGGACAAGGAAGAUCUGACAUUAUUGAGACUUCUCAACAGCGUGGAAGGCGUGGUCUGGGUUUCAGGGUUGAAGGCUUUGAUGACAAAGAUUUUUCAUGGGAAGAGGAAGAGGAAGUAAGAAUUCUUGUUUUAAUUUUAACUUUCAAUUAACACAUCUUAUUUGCUUUAAGCACCACAGUGUAUAAUCCACACUUGUCACAUGAAUCAUAUUGUAUUGUUAUCUUAUCUUGAUUUUUUUUUGUUUUCAUUUGUUAUUAUUAUUCUUAUGAUUUUAUUAUUAUCAAUUGUAUUUUUUUUUUAUUAAUUUUUUUUUUCUGCUAGGUAGUCAUAGUAGAGCACAGGACAUGCAUUCCAUCAUGUCCCAGACCUCCACCAACAAGAGAAGAGAUGGAGGACUGGGUUGGAGUUAGUAAGGUAAAAUUAUGAAGUUGGGCAAUGUCUUCUCAUUACAGCAAAAUUAGAUAAAUUCUUGGAGACUGAUUUUGUAGCAGGGGUUUCUUUAGAGAUGGCUUUGAAUGCUAGUUACAGGUAAAAAGGUAAUUUCUAUUUAAUUGAAAUGAUUUAAAUGGAAUACUCCUUUUCUUCUAAAUAUUCAUAAUUACUAGCCAAAAAAAUUUUGAGUGAAAUGAUUACAGGAAAACAAAUUGCAUAUUUUUCCAGCUACCCAAGAUAUAGUGAAGAACAUUAUGUUAAAUUAUUUGAAUUAUUAAUUAUUUACUGAGUAUACAAUUGAACAUUAAAUGUGUUGUACCCAAUUUCUAGAAAAAAUUGUUUAUUGAUGAUGAAACAGAAUUCUGCAGUGAGGAGGUUCUAUCAGAGGUUCUCAAGAGCAAGGUAGAGUUUCCUAGAUAUUUUCCAGUAUUAAGAAAAAUCUUUUGUUUAGUUCUCUCUUGAUUUUGACUUCUGUUCAGAUUUUAAAUUGAGAGGCAGUAACUGAAAUAGUGCUUUCUGGAAGUCAUCAACAGAGUCAAGUGGCUGACUUUUGGACAAUCUGAGCAGAAGUCAUUAUUAGAGUCAAGUAACUGACCUCUUGACAACCUGAGUGGAAAUUAUCUUCAGAGUCAAGUGACUGACCUUUCGACCUUUCAACAACCUGAGUGAAAAUCAUCAUCAGAGUCAAGUGACUGACUUUUUGACAAUCUGAGUGACAGUCAUCAUGAGAGUCAAGUGAUUGUCAUGAUGAUUUCCACUCAGGUUGUUGAAAUGUCAGUUACAACUGCUGAUAACAUCUCAGGACUGCACUGUGCUGGACAAUGAAACUACACUUUCACAUGUUACCCAAUGGUUUGACAAUUUAUGAUUUAUAAUGUCAUUAAAUCCUGUUUACAGACUGUUUUCGAUGCUCUUAGUGGAGAUGAGUUCCUCAAAGCAAGAACACGAGCCAAUCCAUAUGAGUUUAUCAGAGGGGCUGUCUUUCAAAACAGGUAACACAAAGAAGACUGCUCUAAUGUCAUGGGUCAGUGGGAUUAAUGUCAGUAUCUAAGCAACUGGGCACUCACCCCUCCCUUAACCUAAUACUAAGCCUAACUUGUAGGGGUUGGUGUGUAGUUGCUUGAAUACUGACAUUGAUUCCUGGAUUCCCUAAAUGUGAAAGCUAAUUCUCUUACCUAGUGAUGACUGCAUUUCCUGGUGGUAUAGUUCAGAGAAUUAAGCGUCACAUCAGAGCAUCCUCUUCAUGAUUAUUUUGGCAAUUCUCGUGACCUUCUUUGUCAAUAAGGUAUUAAAAUAUAGUGAGAGUGUAUGUGCUGAUCACUUUUGGCAUCAAUGGUAGAUGAAGCCUGUCAUUUUCAGAAUUUCUGUCAAUGAUGUGUUAUUUUCCUUAUUAACAGGGCGGCAAUGAAAAUGGCGAACAUGGACUCUGCUUUUGAUUUCAUGUUUACCAACCCGAAGAAUGACAGAGGAGUAAGUAAUGAAACAUGUUACACCCUUUGAUUCUGUAAUUAACCCAAGGGCUCUUAAUCCCUUAUACCCCAGCAUCAGUAAGCAUAUUCUCCAUACUGUUCUCUAAACAUUUCCUGAGGUGCUGACAAGGAGAUUUUGUUUACUGAAUAAAGCUUUUUUUGUUGGUAAUCAUUUCCUUCAUUCUCAUGACCUUAAUGUGUGAUUCAGGGGUGAUAUUGUGAGGAGAAAUUAGAUGCUAGUCACUGUUAGGGUUUCAAAGGUUAAUCCCUCUCUCCUUGGGGGAGGGGAGAAUAGUUACAUCAGAAUGAACAACUUUAGCUUGUCUAGGAAGAGGGUUUUUCUGGCAGCCUGUAAAAUUCAUAAACUUGCCCGACUUUGGAUUGCUUUCAUACAUUAACCCUUAACUCCCAUGAGUGACCAAGACAAAACUUCUCCUUACAAUAUCAACACAAUAUCAAGUGGAAAAGUGAUGAGAAUAAAGUAGAAUAUAAUCUAGGGGACUUUAAGUUGAUCCAAUGCUAAAUUCUCCCAAUAAUAUCAAAAGAAUGUAUGACAGACAGUGAGAAGAAUUACCAAUUAGAUCUUUGGAGUGAGAUGCUGAAGCAUUUCCUGUUUCAAUGUUUCAUUUUUGUUUUUGUGUUCAGAAGCCUGGCACUCAAUUAACCCUUCAUACCCUAACAUCAGAAGGCAUAUUCUCCAUUCUGUUCUCUAUACAUUUCCUAAGGUUCUGACAGGGAGAAAUUGUUUAAGAAUCAAGAGCUUAGUUGAUGAUCAUUUCCUUUAUUCUUCUGACUUAAGUGCUUGAUUAAGGGGCAGAACUGUAACUCUGACAUUAUUUUUCAAUUUUUAUUGUAGAGGGAUGUGGUUGGACCAAAUGAUUUAUUAUACUUUGCGGAUAUUUGUGCCGGACCUGGUGGUUUUUCAGAGUAUGUUCUGUGGCGAAAGGGCUGGCAAGCUAAAGGAUUUGGCUUCACUUUAAGAGGUACUGACAGGUCUUCUUGCCAAGGCCUGUUGACUACUUUUAGUUAAAAAUGAUAAGAAAUGUUGAAAUUAAUUGUGGUGGAUCAUUCUGCUUAUCGAAGAAAUGUAAGUUAUUGGGCAAGUAUAAAUCUACCAGUGUUGAACUUCUGUCACUAAUAUUAAAUGUUGCAGUCUGAUUGGCUACAAUACUUGCAAUAUCUAGAUCUAAUCCGUAAUAGACAUUGAACAAAGUGAACAGCCUGCCAGUGUGAGAUUGUGAAUAAAAUAAUACAAAAAGCAUCAGCAUGUCUGGAUGUGAUCUUUUUUUUUUUCUUGAUCUCUAGCUGUGAUAGUUGGUUAGGGCUUUCUCCUCAACCAUAACACAGUAGAAAUCUUUCACAUAAUCUGAUUGUUCAAUAUGACUGGAUGCUUACAUAAUUGCCACAUUAUAAUUCUAAUUUUCAUUCAUCCAUCAUUAUUUACAUCACACUUUUCCUUCAAAGGUGACAAUGAUUUUAAGCUUGAAGAGUUCUUAGCUGGAACGCCAGAAACAUUUGAGCCACAUUAUGGUAAGAGGAAAAAUUUUGAGAUUGAAGUAAUGUUUUUCUCUCAUGGGGAAGAGUCUCCCAGUAUUUGAAGUUAAUUUUGAAUAUAAAAUUUUUUGCAUACUGAAUAAUUUGAAUGUACUUUAGGAGCAAAUGAUGAUGGAGACAUCUUCAAUGAAGAUAAUCUGAUUGAGUUCAGAAGAUUUGUGAUGGAGUCAACUGAUAACAAAGGAGUUCAUUUUGUGAUGGCAGAUGGUGUAAGUUAAUUUCAGAACAGAUUGUUUUGACAAUUUCAUGUUGAUAUCAACCUGGAUCUUUGUGCAACUGAUACUUAUAAAUACAUAUGGCACAGUGUUAACCCUUUAGCUCCCAAGAUCUCAUUAGUAAAUCUCCUUACUGUGUCCCAUACAAUUCAUAUGAAGUUAGUUUGGAGAAUUUGGAAUUGGAUCAAUAUAUAAUCCCCUAAUUGAUGUUUUCCUUUAUUCUCAUUACUUGUCUGCUUGAUAUCAUUACUGAUAGUGUAAGGAGAAAUUCUUUCUAAGUCACCAGUGGGACUUAAAGGGUUAAACAGCCAUUUUUCAUGCUUCUUACUAACUGAGUUGAAGGUCUGUACCAUAAGUUACAAAAAGACUUUUUAUGCUCAGAUUUAUGGCCUAAGCAUGAAGUGUGCAGGCCAUAAAUCCGAGUGGGAAAAGACAAGGUUCCAUACAAACAAUAUUUAAUCUCUGAUUUCAAUCAGAGGGGGAAAAUUCUAAUUCAAACAAACUUUAUAAUACAGUGGGCCAUAUUGAGAUAUAUAUCCAGAAAAAUCAACAAUCAUACCAUACAUUAGACAGAUAAUGAUUCACUCAACAAGCUCAAAUUUUUCCAUUUUUUUACUUUAUCACUGCUCUGAGUACUUUGGAUACUGCUGGUUUGAGCAUGCAUGAUUCUCCACACAUAAGAUCCUUCUAAUAAUAGUAGCAUGCUUACAAAUUCUCUGCAGCUCUAUUGACAUCUAGUCUUUUCCUACAAAACUGGAAUGUUUGAAGCUCAAAAUUACAAGGAACUCAAGCCUUUUUCUUCUCCUCAACUUGUGACCAAUUUUUAACACACACUCUCUUCAUUCAUGUAAGAUUACUCUUUUUUGUUGGCAGGGUUUCUCUGUGGAAGGGCAGGAAAAUAUACAAGAGAUUCUCAGCAAACAGUUGUAUUUAUGCCAAUUCCUUUGUGCAAUAUCUAUACUAAGACAAGGUAAGGAAUCUUUAUUCCUAAUUCAUUGAACAUGGCCGGUCAAUUUUUCAGAGAGUGGCUUAAACGGAUUUACAAUGAAACAGCUCUAAUUUUGUCAUACCCUCUCUGAUUAUAAGGAGGCCACUUUGUCUGCAAGUUGUUUGACGUGUUCACUGCGUUCAGUGUUGGUCUUGUGUACCUAAUGUACCGAGCAUUUGAUGAGGUAUAUGUCUUCAAACCUGUAACCAGCAGACCAGCUAACUCAGAGAGGUAUGUGUUCAAAUAAACAACAAGCAGUUCCUCCUUUCCCAGUCAUUAAUGCUUUGCUAGCAUUCCAUUUUUUAAAAUUUUUUGUGCAGCUGUCGUUGUUCUACAUAAAGGGGUUUUAUUCAAGGUUUUUCUGGUUUCUGACACAAAUUAAAUCUGGAUUCAGUGGACGAGGUGAAUGUUAUUCAAUGUGACUUUAACUUCUUAGAACCUUUCUUAAAGAACUAUGUGACAAACAGUAGUGAGAAUUGAUAUUUUGAACUGGUUUACUUAAAGAAUGUAAUAUUUCCUUCAUAUAGAUAUCUUGUAUGCAAAGGUCUUCGUGGAAACAUUGAAGCUGUUCAUGAGCACAUGUUUAAUGUGAAUGUCAGAAUUAAUAAAUUAAAAGCUGGAGCUGUGGAGGAUGUAAAUGAGGUUUGCUAUUCAGUUUAAUGUUACUGUUUUGAAAAUACAGUACUGCUUGGAUAUCGUUAAGCAAUAAAAAUGCACAUAAAACGUGCCAAAAAAUUGCAUGCUAGUGCAAACAAUAAAAAAUGUGCAUGUCAAAAAAAAAAUCACACAUGCGUGCAUAAGCUUCAUACAUCUACCUAAUUAGUAUGUAAGAGUUAGGCCUUUUGUUUUUUUAUUGUGGAUGGUUUAUCAUUUUAAAGAAUAGGAUGUAACUUUAACUAAUGUGUUAGGGGUUCAGUAACUUACUCUAUGAACCAAAAACAUGAGAAUUAUCAUAUGAUGAAAUAUUUAUUUUUUAAUAAUGUGCCCACUAUGACUGACGACAUUGAAAGGAGAACAAGUAAGUUAGAGAUCAACUUUUACUUCAGAUGUAAGCACUUUUUGCUGUAAUGCAUAAUAUAAAGAAAAGAGAAGAAUUUUUAUUUUCUGGAGCAAGUUGAGAACUUGAUCAGCUGUAAAAUAGGAUUUUAGCAACAAGAAAAACACUAAAUUUUGGCCAGUCAUGUACAGUAGUAGAGUAUGGUCCACUAAAUUCACCAAAGAAAGCCUUGUACAGUGGGAGAUAAAACAAUAUUAAGUGUUGAUAACUUGUGCUAAAAAGGGAAAUGAACUUCAAGUGUUAUUAUUUGGCUUUUCAGAUUGUCCCAUUGCAUAUCCUGAAGGAAGAUGAAGAGUUCUUGUCAUAUAUGAUUGAAUCAAAUGAAAGGUAUGUGGAACUUGCCUUUACCUUUGACAUCUCAAUGAAACAUGAAUACAAUACUGUGACAUGAACUGCUUGGAAAACAAACAACAUUUUUGUGUUGUACUCUCUGAUUUGUUUUAGAAUUGGAAGGCAACAAUUCAAUGCACUGAAGAAACUAAGAGGUUAUGUCCAGGAUACGUAAGUUUUGAACCUUUGAUUUUAUUUCCCUCAUAAUGAUACAGGAGGUUCUUAAUUCUUAGAAAAAAAAAAAAAAAUGUCACUAAUGGGCUACAAGUACAUGUUGGGAAUGUGUCCUGUAGCAAAGUUAAGUUUCUCAAGUCACAAUGCACAAGUUUUUAAACAUGAAUGUAUAUAAUGUAUACAAACUCACCAUGAACAGGAUAUGCUUGAUUGUACUCAGUUGUACAAAUCUGUCUAUCAAAAUCUUAACUUUGUUUGGCUCCAAUCUCCAACAUCCUAUCAUUUUGGUGGAUCCAGAGGUGGUAGGGGGGGGGGCUGCAGGUUCUGGACCCCCCUUCCUUCCCAUCAAUCAUGUGGGUUUGUUCCUUACCUGAGACCAAAUUUGUGGACUAGGAUUGUGGAUUUUUAAUUGUUCCUUGUUUCAGUAUGUAACUGAGUUUGCUUCUUAGGACGUUGAUGGGUCCUUAUGACCAAGGGGAUGUCAAGAAAAAGUGUUUAAAGCAGUGGAAGGUAAGAGAACUUGUUUUACUACAGAAGGAGAACUGCUAUGAUGCAAAAAUCUUCCACUCCUUUGAAACCCCAUGGAAAAUUGUCCUAAGGUACAAGAGCCACUUAUUGCCCAUCUUUUACUUUUGAAGAGGUGCUUUAAAACUAUUAAGUGUCUUGCCAUGAACACAACAGAGUCUCUUGUAGCCACCUGUCGUCUGUAGCUCUGAUUCUCCUCCACUGUCAAUCAUCACCCAUCACUCGUCCUGACUCUCUCUUUCCUUCUCCUGAAUCCCCUACCUACAAAACUUCCUAGUGCAUCCAUAGCUUUUUCCAUACAGUAAUCCCCAACCAGUAAAUAAGGUAUAUGUUUUUUGCAAUCAUUUUCAGGUUCCUGAGCAAGCCCGCGCAGCUCAAAGGACGCCAGAUCCUGACCUUAAAUUUGAUGAGCUUUGGAAGGUAUUUAGAUUUGUUUUUACAUGAGGACCUGCUGAUUAAUUUUGUUCAAUUUUUCAUAUCAUUCACCAAAUUAGUUUUCCUUUUUUCUAGGGAAAUGAUGAUGAUCAUUGCUUUGACUCUGAAGCUACAGUGUUAACUUCAAGGAACAUCCAAAACCUUAAGUGUCUGUACAACUACAAGUGCUUUGUGUCAGGAGGGGAAGGUUCUUUCUUAUGGGCCUUGGGGUAAGUGUCAUGUGGGGAAUGUUAUGCACCCAUUUGCCAUCACCCUGUCAUGUGAGCAUGUCACCAGUGGGCACUUUGAGCGUGCCUUUUUUUUUCAUAGUCUAUUUGCCAAGAGGUCACAGUUAUUUCCUCAAUAACUCACUUAAAAUUUUCCUUUUUGACAAAAAAUAUUAGUAUAUCAUUUUAUUUAAGAAUGAAAGCAUUUUUUCAUUCUGAUUUUUAACCACAAAGAAAACAAGCUAAAGAUGUGAUGUAUGAAAGAUAAUUUUUAAUAAUAUUGAGAUGAAACAUGGUUGAGAGUUUAUGGGAAAUCUUGUUGAUAUAAAAAGGUGUGUGAAAGAGGAAAAAUGCUUAGUCAGAAGUGAUCAAAAUGUUGCUCUUGUUUACAACUUCAGAAAGUUAUUUAAUAAACAGAAGAUGAGUUGGGAGUGUUAUCUUGAUCUAGCACCAAAUUCUCUCAACUAAUUUGCAAGGAAAUUUACAGUACCUUGAAAGGAGAAUUAGGACUUAGAUCUCAGAUACCAGGUUUAUGUUGAUAGUAAUGAAGGAACAAGUUUUAAAUUCCUCAGUUUUCCUUCUUAUGACCAGAUAUUCUCAUAGUUUCUGUGAUAAUUUUUUUCUGAUGAUUUUGUUUGGUUCUAGCGAGGUAACAUCUACAAAUGGAAUGGCAAGCCAAACUUUGGUAGCUCAACCAGGUGGCACAAACUGGAGAAUUUUCAGCUCGAACUUCCUCGGGAUACUCUGAUUGAGGUGGAAAUAGUGCAAGAGCUUCGUGGAGAAGUAAGUAUUGACAAAAAAAAUUUCAGGAAAAAUGUUCACAUUGAGAAGGUUGUUUUUGUUAUUCUUAUUUUUAUUUUUGGGUUAAUAAAGAGCAAUAUUAUGUCCUAAACUAAUAAGUAGAUCCUUUCCCUUCCCCCCCACCCUCUUGAAAGGGACUUAAAUUUAACUGUUCUGUUGUGAAAUGAAGGCUACUUUUCAGCUAAUGUCACACAACACUUUGCUCCGGAGAAGUGUUGCAUGACAAGCUAAGUGAUAAGCUAGUGUGUGGAAAGGUACAUUUUAACAGAGGUGUUUGAUACCAGAGAAUUCAGGUGUGGGUGCUUUUAUCUCCUGUUAUAAGGGCAAAGGACAGAGAAGAUCUGCAGCAGUUCAUAUUGUGGAUGCUGUCAUUCUUGGAGGUAAAGAUGUGAGGAGUAAACACUAUCACGAGAGGUACAGUGUGAAUUCUGAUGCUUAAGAAAAAAUGAAUUUUGAUUAAACUUUGCCUUUUGUUUUUUCUGAUUUCUUUGUGAGAGAGAAUUUGGGCAAGCAUGUGCGUUACUUGCAUUACACAAGGUUCUUUUUUUAAAGGUUUGUUGGGUAAUUAGUAAUGAAGAUUGGUGAGUUUGUUGAUGACUUGUUGUUUGCUUUGGUUUGUAGAAUGGCUAUGGCGGGUUUACUUAUAAAAGCUGUCACCAAACCGACAUGCCCAGCAAUGGUUCCUCUCAGGUAAACAUUCAAUUGACAUAUUAACAGGUAACUGAGGUCGUGAAAUGAUAGUUGAAGAUGACACAGAUAUCAUAUUCCACUCACAAACUUCAAGACCAAAAAUCAAUAAAUGGUAGGUUCAAAUGUUCAACAGAUGAACCAAAGAACUGAUCACCCCACAGAUUACAAAUCAACUGAACAACCGAUCACUUGAUCAACCAACUAAAACACAAUAAAUCAAGUACAGAGACAAGUGACAGCCAGUCAACCAGGCAUUGACCACCAAGCUGAAAGACUGAUGGCCUUACUGAACACCCAACCUACUGAAAAACAACUAACCAACCUGAUGAUGAAUUUACUGCUAUAAUUCAAUCAAAUAUGAGAGUAACUGUGGACUAAAGAAGCAAGUGAAAAUCUUCUUACUUGUAGAAGUCUUGAAAUGCACAGUGAAAGAAGUAGAAAAAAUAUAUUAUCUAGCUGUACAGUAUGACUAUCACCAUCAGUGUAAAACACAAAAUUAUGAAGUUUACUGAUCUAAUUUUCAAAUGUUCUUUCAGGCUCAAACAAGUUUUUCGUGUUGACAAUAGUUCGCUUAAAGAAAUAUUCUCAAA